GAAAAUAUCUGUCAUUGCAUAUGGAAACCUGAAAUCAUAGGCUAUCACUCGUGUCUGAAUAUGAUUGCCUUUCAAGUGUAGGGUUUUGGCGGUGGGUCCAUAGGUGACUGUAGAGAUCUAUUUUUGAUCCGCAUAUUCUUUUGCAAUGAGGACAUUGAUUUCCAGAUGGAAGGUAGUCCCAACAAGGGUUGGUUUGAUGCACCUUUUGCUCUGCAUUUGUGCCUCUUCGAAUUCUACAGCACAGUUGGUAAAUCACAUAGAAAUACAUUCCUCUUUUUUUAAAAUGCUCAUAUUCAUGUUCAGCUCUAGUGAUGACUUUUGAUGAGCUCUCAGAAAGACAUGGAACAGAAGCGUUGGUGAAAUGAAUUGUUGAGGUUAUGUAAAUGCAAAAUGAAUUAAAAAAAUAGUGAUAAUCCAUGUGUAAAUACCAAAACAUGUGGACAAACUAGACAUUAGGAGGAAGGCCCAUUCCUAACAGUUUAUUUAAGUUCCUUCUCUUAAUGGGAUUUCCUCAUAGAUAAUUAAACCUCAGCAGAUACCCAAGAAUCCUUUGUACUGAACUGAAGAACAAAUGCCCAGGACUGUGUCUAGUCCACAUGGGUCUUCCAGGAGGCAGAGCAGGUGAGCACUCAAAGCCUUCUACAGAGGGGGCUUCUACUGGAGUUGUCACUAUCUCAGCCUUCCAUUCCGGAAUUGGGACAGUGCCUAAGUUCUUCCCCAAGAUUCUUCCCUUGGCUCCGAGCAAAAGUGAGGAAUCACAAUGUACCUUACCUCAGAAGGAGUGGGGCUGGUGGCUUCUUUUCUUGGCGAGUGUUUGUCAUGUAGAAUGAUGUUAUACGGCAGGGUCUAUAGGGGAAGGUUAGAAUAGAGACUGGGUGAAGAAGAGGGAGUUGGGAGGGCAAAGUCUCCAGGGGAGCAGGAAGAAACGAACUGGGUAGUAUCUGGAUAUGCUUUAGUAAAGCAAGAGAAGAGGAGAAAGAGAUCUUUUCUCCAAUCAUGAAGAAACUCCAGUCUACGAUACUGAUGCGCAAAUUGAGGAGAUGUAAUACUCUGGAUGCAAUUAAUAAAGAUGCUUCGUUUUUAUACCCCCCUCCAGAUGGGGGCUGGGGUUGGGUUGUCGUUUUAGCUGCUUUUAUUCAUUCCUUAUUUGUCAGCGGCUUCCACAAUGCUUUUGGUGUUUACAUGCUGCCCCUUCUUGAGACUUUUAAGUCAACCAACUCAAUAAUAGCCUGGAUUGGAUCGAUCAGCUAUGCUUUCAUUAUGAUUUUUGGUCCGAUUGCUGGAAAACUUCUGGUGAAACAUGGAGCUAUUAAAGUGUGCAUAAUUGGCGCAAUCGUGGUCAUGUUUGGUCUAGUAUGUUCAUCCUAUACUCAUGAUUUGCGAGUCCUGUUUUUAACACAAGGAAUUAUUGUUGGUGUAGGAUCAAGUCUGGCUAGCACCCCAGGUCUGAUAAUGGUAAGCCUUUAUUUUACAACCAAGCGCUCCUUUGCAACUGGGAUUGUGAUGGCCGGUGGGGCUGCAGGAACAUUUGUGCAGAAUAAGCUUCAUGAAUAUUUAAUUGAGACCCUUGGAUGGAGGGUUAGCCUACGUGUAUACAGUGGAAUUAUGACAAUAUGUAUUUUUGCUGGUUUUGCCUACAAACCACUUCAAAAACAUAGAGCUCAUCCAAGUGUUGUUGAGAAGUUUAAAACGUCCCCACUAAGAGGUUUUAUUGUGGAUUUAAGUUUAUGGAAAGACCGCAUCUUUGAGGUUUGGGUCCUUUCUCUUGGAUUAGCAAAAUUUGGAUUCUUCAUACCUUUUGUGCAUAUGAUAAAUCUUGCAGGUCACUUGGGUAUUCCAUUGCAUCAAGCAUCUUAUAUUAUGGUAGGAAUUGGAGUAAGCAGCAUGGUUAGUUGUCUUCUUUUUGGAAAGAUAUGUGAUAUGGAAAAAAUUGACCGACUUUAUCUGAAUCAGGCAUCCAUAUUAUCUGUAGGUGUGGUAUACUUUAUUAUUCCUCAUUGUACAAACUUUGCCUCUCUAGUAACCAUUUGCUCACUUCUGGGAUUUGUUGAUGCGGGAAAUUAUGUUUUGUUACCUGUCCUUACUUUUGACUUGAUGGGAGAAGAGAAAAUGCCUGUUGCAUGGGGAUUUAUGAUGACUGUCAAUGCAAUUAGUUGCUUUGGCCCACCCUUUGCAGGUGCAAUGUAUGACAUUUUUGGCAAUUAUAACAUUGGUUUUGUAGUAACUGGCGUUUGCAAUGUUGCAGCAGCCAGUAUACUUGCUUUUAUCCCAUGGCUGAAAAAUGAAGCAAUACAAUCAACGAAAAAUUAUCUUAAUGCAUCUGUAUGCGAAAUAACAAGGACUAUAGUUCCUUGGCAAUCACGCUCACCUUCUCUAGGGAGUAUAACAUCUUCAUACACAAGAUCAAUUAUGUUACCUCCUGAAGACAUUAUGUCCCAAACUUCAAAAAGGUUUAGUAUGAAAUCAUUUAAAGGCAUAUUGAAGUCAGAGACAACUUCAGACCGUGUGAUACACCACAAAAAAGCAGAAGAAACAAGUGUCUCAGUUCCUCAAGUGUUUCAUCCUGAGGCACGUCAACAAAAAGAAAGUACAACCGAUGUGAGAGCAGUACCAGUACCAGAGCUAGUUGCAAAGACAGCCUCUCUUCACAGUCAAAUUGUAGAGUAUCCUCCCUGUGAAAAAGAAGAUCACUUGACUCUCUUGAGUAGCCAUGCUGGCAGUGAAGAAAAACAACCUGAAGGUACAACUGAAGUAAGGCCAUUGCAAGAGCCAGCUGUACCAGAGGCUGUAUCACUAAAAGAGGAUACUUUAGAUUUAAUACAACAAGCAGAACAUCUUCUCCACCGGAAAGAAGAUGGAGUGGCAUUCUUAGAUGAAGAAGAAGAACCUCUUGAGACCACAGUAGAUUUGAGGCCAGAUGGAGUAGUCCUUAAAACAGAAAUGUUGGAGCCUCCAAAGCCAACAGAACGUAGAGUAUCUUUCUUAGAUGACUAUGAUAGUGAUGAUAAUGAUGAAGAAGAACAAAUCGAACGUCUAUCUGAUCUAACAUCAGUUAAAGGUGAGAGGAGGUCUUUGACUCCCCACCGGAAAAAAGAUGGGGUGGCUUUCUUAGAUGACAAUUUUGAGGAGGAGGAUGAUGACGACGAGGAACAUUUUCAUAAUGCAGUUGAUUUCCUGAAAUCAAAAAAAGUGCCAUUCCAAAGUGGAACUUCCAGACAUAAAGAGCAGUCAGGAAAAAUGUCUUCUAUUUCACACAUGAAAGCGGAUGAUGAUGAAGAUGAUGACGAUGACAUCUUUGAGAGUGCGACUGAUUUGUUGAUACCACAGCAAGCACCAUUUGGGCGUGAAUCUUCAGAACGUGGAAAGCAUUCAAAAGAAAUGCCUUUUAUCUCCCACAAGAAAGAGGAUGGGAUGGCCUUCUUAAGGGAUGUUGCUGGUUAUGGCACUUCUCAACGAGAGCAGCUUGAGUCAGCAGAAGAUACAGGCAAAGUACUCAAAGAAAAUGAAACUUCAACAUCUGUAAAUCAGGCAAGAUGGUUUCCCACCAAAAAGGACACUAAUGCAGCAUUAGGAAGUGAUGAAGAUGACAAUGAACAGUCCCAACACCAGAAAUGAUCAGAAUCAUCAGCCAUAUCAAUGCAACUUGACUCAUUAUAUACACACACAUAUAUAUGCAUCUGUAUGUUUUGCAAGUAACAAUGACCAUGUGCGGUUAUUCCAUGCAUUUGUUUGAUAGUUGGGUGAGCACUUACAAAUCAUUAUUUUUGGAAAAAUACUUUAGUUUUAAAAUAUUUUUGUAAUUUAGAUACAAAAUCAGUUUGGAAAUUUCUAGCUUGCCAGUGAGACUAAAAUUCCUUAGACAGUUUUUAAAAAUAAAGAAGCCUCG